CAGUUAGUCGUCGGCGCUGCACUCAGGAAGGGGGAGGAGUCUGCGCAUGCGCCCCUCUCGCCCCCCCUUUCGCCGUCACUUGGAUACCAUUCAACAAGAACUGUAACUAAGGAAGCCCUGGGCUGUGGAGUGUGGAUCAAGCUGGAGUGUUGGAAGGAUUUAGUAGGCACCAACCCAAGACUUGUUGAUAACCCUUGUCAUGAAAAAUAUUAUAUUUUGUGAUGCAACAGAGCUCUAUAAUAUGCUGAAUCAAAGCACAAGGUAUUCCAGGCUGACAGACCCAAUUUAUCUCUAUUUAAUUGAUGUACGGACCAAAUAUCAAUAUGAUGAAAGUCAUGUGAUAACAGCCAAGAGAGCAAAAAAGGACGAGUAUGGAAAUUAUUUGUUGCCAGAAGAUGUAGAGCUUGAGUGUGUUAAGUAUUGUGUGGUUUAUGAUGGGCACACAACCGCACUGAACGCAUCAGGUCAUGCAAUGCAAUUUGCAAACCUUUUGGAAGAUGUCUGCCGAUAUCCAAUUAGAGUCCUAAAUGGUGGAUAUGAAUUUUUCUCUGCUUGCUAUCCAUUCUUCAGGACGCAGAAAAUAUUUUACAUGCCACAGGAGUUGGAUGCCUUUGAGCCCUAUCCAAUUGAGAUAUUGCCAGCCAAACUUUACAUGGGCGACUACAAACAAUCCUGUAACAAACAAGUCCGGAAAGAUCUGAAGAUCAAAGCAUAUCUCAACCUCUGCCACGAGAAAGAGAUAGACGUGGGAGAAGAUGAACCCAUUUCAGUUUUACACAUAACUUCUUCAAAUUCCACCGAUUUCUCUGCCCAUUUUCCAAUGAUCUGUAAUUACCUCGAUGAGCGUUUGAGUAAAGGUGUUGUGUGCGUAAUCUCCACAAAAGGUAUAAGUCGCUGUUGUACUGCAGUGAUGGCCUACCUCAUUCAUGAUCAGAGGCUUCCACUGAAGGAUAUAUGGGCACACGUAGAGUCGUGUAAAGCAACCAUUCGGCCACAUCGUAAUUUUGUACAUCAACUUUCCGCAUGGGAGGAAUUUAUCCUAAAGGAAAAGAUCACCGAUGUCUCUGAUCCUUAUUACUGAAAUAGUAGACCAUUAUUGUCAAAAAUAUUGGAAAUAUUUCUGUUUUUUUUUAAAUGAGUCAAUGAUUUAAUAGCUCAAAAAGUACCUCCAAUAUUAUCUAAUUUAUAAUGCAGUUGUAAUUUAAAUUCCCUUCAUAAUUUCUAAUUGUAAUGUCACUUAUGACCACAGUUUAUUGUUAUUUGAAUUUACUGCAGAUUUUACAGUUUAAAAGAGUGAUUAACAAAAGGCAUAUCUUAUUCAAUGUCAACAUGUUACAUAAAACUGCAGUGAGCAAGGCCUAUUCAAUAUUUAAUCUCCCUGACAUUCCAUACAUCCAUAAGUAUUUUGGUGAGGUAUUUCAGCAGGUGUGGGAUAACACACCCAAACUGGGGCACACACUGCUUGCUACGAGUCUUUCUCUGAUAUUGGAACUCUUACAUUAAAGUUUACCAGCCUCUGAUUCCUAGUAGAAAAUAAAAGCACAAUACC